CCUUAUUGUUGAUACUUCGAUCAGCGGAUAGACAAAGCUGCCGUAGUGUAGGAAACUAGUUCACUACAGAUAUCGCUCCCCGUAUUUUGGUCCUUCAUCAUGUAUCGUACUCGACCCAACUUGCGUCUGGCGUCCACGAAACGCGGGAUGCGCCGGAUCCUCAAGUACCAGGGCCCGGUCAACGAAUACAUCCGCCAGGCGGUGCUCGCGGGAACUUACCGCACUACCGAAGAACUUGAGCGUGUCAAGAAAGAACGUCGUGAAUCCGCCGACGAUUUGCAAACGAUUAUGCGUCGCUUUCGUCAAGAUAUUGUGCGUGGAUCCGCCAUAACGGACUAUCCCAUCGAGUACCUCAUCUUGCAAUCGCACCCACCUGUACCAGACCCUCCGCGCUUGAACCGCAAACUCGAACGCCAAAUGAAAGAACCCCCGAGUCCCCUUGCCAAACUCGUGCAAAAGCAUUUGAAACAACACGGAGACGAUGGAGGCAGCCGCACGGCCCCGGUUGGACACCGUUCGACCGAAGAAUACUACCGUCAUUUGCUGGGAGUCGCGGCUCCCUCGACCCAAACCGCACUAGGCAACAAAACGGCUCAAGUCCAAAAGGCGUACGCCAAAGCCGUCAAACAGUACGAACUCAUGCGUGUCGACGGCUUAUCCGAAGCGGACGCCAUGCUCCGCGUGGACGACCUCUUGGAGGAACAGGCCCGCAACGAAAAGACCAUGUCAACUCAGCGAGUGAAAGCCGCACAGGCCUUUCGGGAACGGGUCGGACCAGAAUUUAAGAUCCACAAUAUGGCUUGGGAAGCGAAAGCCGAGAUUGAUCAGCAGGAGCAGCGUCGGGCCAGCAAUACGGCCAACGACUCAUCGGAAAAUGCUGCUGAGGAACCCUUCUUGGGGGCGACGCAAAAUUUCGAACUGCUCGCUUCCGUUUUCGCCAACGACGCUACAAAAAUUCAAGGUCUCAUGCGUUGGAGUGAGCGCCUCGCGGCCGUGCCCUACACUGAAUGGACAAUCGGGGCCUCGACAGCCUUGGAUCACUGGAUGGCACGACAACUGUUGGGUAUGAGUGAAGAAACCUGGGCGACCUUGCUCGAAGGAGACUCGCCCGAUUUGCUAGCACAAGGACGCGAUUUAGUUCGCUUGCGGGAAACGCUCUUUCCGGAAACCAUUCUUGAAGCCCCGGAUAGCAUUGUCGAUGAGAGUGAGGAAGAAGCGCCAGCUGUCGAAGAGGAGGAUCCAGCUGAAAAGAGUAUCGAAGAACUACUCGCAUCUCUAGGUGGCCUCAAAACUUCCGGUGAAACGGGUGGCAACAGAAAGAAACCGAGUAGCAGUUCGUGGAGCUGGCUGGAAGACCUCGGUAGCGCUGAUUUAGAUGUCCGUAUCGAUCGAUUCGUCGAGCAACUCCAGGACUGGCGCUACCGAAAUGUUCAGACUCCCUACAACGAGUGGCCACAGCCGGACCAAAAUGAGUUUAGUGAAUGGCUCAAGGAAUUUGUGGAAUCUGUCUCGUCUGAUGCUGAACGGGGAACCAUAGAUUAUGUCGCUACACGUAAGGCGCUUUUGUCUUCGCCCCCGGUGGAUCGCGAACAAGCUGGUGCGUUCUGGAGCAACCUACAGCAUGAUACCCAAGCCAUUUCUUUAUUGGAUGCCAUGCGGGCGGAUGGACCUCCCCCCGGUGCCAGUAUAUUGCACGCUGCUUUCUGGGAUCUGCCGUAUGAUACCCAGCUCGAAUGUCUUUUGAACCUGGGGGCUCUCCGACCAAUCCUUGACGAAUACACGAAGGAAUCGGACCGUCUCGCCUUUUUGCAUCGAUUCGGGGACAUAGUGCUGGCCGGUGUCGAGCUGGAGCAUCUUGUUCCGGACCCGGAUGGCCCCGUGACCACUGCCGAUUUAAGUCCAGCCACGGUAGAAGAAAUGAAAAUUCAUCCAAGCUCUCGGUUCCGUUUGGAAAAACGUCCUUAUAUGUCCGAGUCAAACAUUGCGGCUGACGAAAAGUCACGGGCCUUGUUUCACGCCUGGAAUCAACACAAGGCCGGACGUGCACGGUACGAAGAGAAGCUAUUUCAAACGGGGCGACUGGGAUUGCGCUACAGUGACAGAAUCCCCAGACACGACGAGUUUCCAGAAGAAGAGAAAAAGUAA